AUGCACAUCCCUCACUCUGUCUUCUCACAGCAUCAACUUGAUCUCUUGAUGUGGCUACUACACAUCAAUGGCAUUCAAGAUGUACCAUCUGUUAGAACAAUGAAGACUCUUGAAGAUGGCCUUCAAAAAAUCUGUGGUAUUGAAACUUUGCCUUUCACUGGUGCUUUUGGGCACCAAUAUUGUAUGAAUUCAUUUUCAGACAUUAUCAGGCAGGUUGAAAAUUCAGGGGGACAGUUGAAUGAGGCAUACCAGGCCAGAAGGUGGUUAAAAGAAAUGGAUCCAACACAGCUGACUCCUAUGAUUCGCCUUCAUGGUCAAGAUUUUUUCAUAUUUGAGCCAGCCCUUUUGUCAAAUGGGCAGGUUUGCAUGCCUAUAAGUCAAUCAACAUCUGUUCUCCCUCCUGCACACAAUAUCUUAGGUAUGUUUCUUUUACUACUACAUUUGUCCUACUCAAAACAACUAGGAAUUGAAAAUAGUCAUCAGGCUGGACUGUUGUUGGAACCAUGGACACUCACAAACCCACAUGAGGGAAAUCAUUGGCAUGUGCUUGCAAAUGGAGCUUAUGUCUAUGGUUUUCCAAUCUGGCUUUACUGUGAUGAUACUUCAGGGAAUGUAUCAAAAUGUUGGAACAAGCACCAUUCAUUCCUGUUCACACCAGCUGGCUUGCCACAUGCUGCAGUGCAUCAGGAAUACAAUGUUCACUUCCUAUGCACAUCUAAUGUUGCACCACCCCUUGAAAUGUUGGAUGGUUUUGUAAAUCAGCUUGAGGCUGCUCAAGAGACAGGUGUAUGGGCAUGGGAUUGUGUACACAAGGAACAAGUGUUAAUGAUUCCCUCUGUCUUAGCCCUGUUGGGGGACAAUCCAAUGCAAAGUGAGCUUGCCUGUCAUGUAGGGUUGAGGGGAAAAUACUUCUGUCAUGUUUGCAAUGUCAAAGGCCAUGACACUCAAGACUUGGACACAAAUGCUAAUGAUGAAACACUGGAGCAGAGUGAUGGAGGACAGAGUGAUGGUCAGAGGUCAGUCAGGAGUGCAGGGGGGGAGUUAGUUAGUGGUAGAAAGAAGGGAAAAGGGAAAGAGACAAUGAGUGGGAAUCAAACCAAAAUCAAGGAGAAGAUGACAUCAACUGGAUUGAAAGACACAUAUCUUAAAUACUUUAUCAAUGGGAUGGCAGCAUCAUGUAAGAGGCAGCAGGGAAGCAGUUCAAAGCAGGAGGCACUGGAUGUGUUCAUCAAGGGACUUCCUGAGAAUGUGUAUAGCCCAGUGUGGCACAUCAAAGGACUUAAUCCUCAUGCAGACACUCCUGUGGAGGUGCUGCACACUGUUCUUUUAGGAUUUGUCAAGUAUUUCUGGAGAGAUGUGGUGAACAUCAGGGUUGGCAAGAACAAAAUAAAGCGUGAACUUCUUGAAGCUCACCUGUCUUCAUUUGAUACAACAGGGCUAGGGAUACCGCCCCUGUCUGGUCACACCCUUGUCCAGUAUGCUGGAUCAUUGGUGGGCCAUGACUUUCGUGCAAUAGCACAGGCUGCACCAUUUGUUUUCCAUGGACUUGUUCCACAAGAAUGCUAUGAGGCCUGGGUAGCAUUAUCAAAAAUGAUCCCCCUCAUUUGGAAACCAGAAAUUGAAGAUGUUGAUGCUCACUUGACACAACUUGAAAUUGCAAUUCAAGAAUUUCUUGCUCGCACUGCAUGCUGGACACCUUGCUGGUUCAACAAACCCAAAUUUCAUAUAUUGCUCCACCUUCCAGAGCAUAUCCAUCAUUUUGGUCCUGCUGCCUUGUUUGCCACUGAAGGAUUGAUGGUGCUCCAUUACACAUCCAUGCAAAUCACCCCAACCUUGGAGUUCAAAUAA